AUGUUUAAUAUAAUACUAUUUCAAAUAAUCACAAACACCUUUGCAUUUCCAGAUGUAACACUCUCCUUUGGCACUCUAAUGCCUAAAUAAAAAGAUCCUGAAGAAAAUCUGCCUGCAACCAUUUACAAAGAUAACUAAAUCAAUAGAUAUUUUGAUUAUGAUCAAUUCCCAUUAUUAUCAUGUUGUCCUACCAAUCUUACAAAAUACAAAGUUGAUUCCUUAAAUCUACAUGGACAUGGUAGGUAAAAAUUUAUAUUGCCCUUAACCAUCACAAACAAUGAAAAUGAAACUAUCAUUUUGAGAUAAUUAACAAUAACUGAUUAUUUAGAAUAUUAAGAUAUUCCUGUUGCACCUAAAUUAUCAGCCCUACCUAUUCUGUAACCUCAUUAAAGCAUUGUUGUUGAGUUUAUCCAUAGUUGUGAGAGAUAAGUGAACAAUACCAAUUACUGGAGUAUAUAAAAUGUCUUUAUUCGAUUUCAAGACUUCUAGGGUUUAAAUUUCUAAUAUUAAUUUAUUUGCGACGGCAGUUUUCAUCCCAAAAGGUACUAAAUUUAAAUAAACUAUAGGUUUGAUUGGAGCAAUAUCAUUUUAAUUACAUUUGAUUCUAUUGUUAUUAUAAUUUUAGCAACUUUUGGAAAAAUUUAUUCAUUUCGAAUUGCUUUUGUAACACCAGCUAAAAGGAAGUAAUUUGAAGAACAAAACAUUUAAAAUGUAGAUCUAAGCCCUUUCUAAGGAUUUUAUUUAUACUGGCCUUAAGCCUUGGCCUACAUGGGAUUAUUAUUGAUUGCUCUAUUUACCUCAAUGAGUUUUCAAGAGAGGGCAGAGAAAAUUAUUUAAAUAUUGGUAUAUUUAAUUUGUGUUCUCACUUCAUUUCAUUUUUUCAACGAGAUCUUUGGUAAAUUCAGAAACACUAUCCCAAUUUUAAAUCAGAAGUUGUAUUGCUUAAAAAUUAGGGAUUAUUUAUCAAUGGUAUUAUCAGCUUUAUUGAUCUUCUUUUACCUCUAUUAUGAAUAACCUUGGUUUGUAUGUAUUAUAUGUUAAUUGCCCUUAGGUUAGCAAUCUUUUAUCCAUUUGCAUACUAGGAUCAUUCAUUAAAUUAUUCAAGAUAGUAUCCUUGAAAGAUGCUCUCUAAUUUUUUAUACCUCUCAUGAUAAUUGAUAUUUUUUGCUCAAUUUAUUUGAGUUAAACUGUCAGAUAUGAAUGGGAUAGUGUUGCAUUGAGAUAUUUCAACACUCCACUUUCUGCCUAAUUUCCUUAUUUUAGAUAUAUUUACAAAAAGAAAUGUGCAUGGGUUUCAAUUUUCAAUCUGCUAUUUCCUGGUAAUGAUUACUCUAAUUUAUUAGGUUUCUUUUUGGGUUAUGUCAAUAGAUUUGACAAGCAUAAGCAGACAUAUGUCUAUGAAAUUAUUGCCUUCUUUGGUUUGCUUGUUGGACUAAUUUUGUGGGUACUAAUCCAAUUCAUAACUUCAUUCCCUCUUCCAACGUAUAACAAACUAUUAUCUUAGCUCUAUCUUCACUGAAGUAUUGAUGAUUCUCACUACAGCUUUGGUUGCAGUUUAGAGAAAUGAAUUCAACAUAUUUUAUUCUGGAAACUUUUAUGAUUAGAUACUUAUGGAUCCAUUCAAAAAUGAUAUUGCUCUCCAAGAGCCAACAACUUUAGAAAUGUUUGGAUUAGGUGCUACUACUUAAGUAAUUAAAAGGAACACAAUCUAAUAAAAAGAUUUAGUUUAAAGUGGAGAAUAAGGUUUAGUUUUAAAUAGCCAACUCUUUGCUGGGCUAGCUUCUGUUAAUAGAUCAUAGUAAUAAUCCAAUAUUAUAUAAUAAAAAUAUUAAAAUCAUUACUGA